UUGCCGCUGGGAGCCUGUCGGCGCGGUGGAAGGGAAGGGGAGUCUCCUGGCAGAGACAUGGAUUUAGGUGCUGUUACAAAGCACUCAGCAUCACAUGCCAAGCCCAAUGGACUCAUUCUUCAAUAUGGGACUGCUGGAUUUCGAACUAAGGCAGAACAUCUUGAUCACGUCAUGUUUCGCAUGGGAUUAUUAGCUGUCCUGAGGUCAAAACAAACAAAAUCCACAAUAGGAGUCAUGGUAACAGCAUCCCACAAUCCUGAGGAAGACAAUGGUGUCAAAUUGGUUGACCCUUUGGGUGAAAUGUUGGCACCAUCCUGGGAGGAACAUGCUACGUGUUUGGCAAAUGCUGAGGAACAGGACAUACAGAGAGUGCUUAUUGACAUCAGCAAGAAAGAAGCUGUGAAUCUGCAACAAGAUGCCUUCGUAGUUAUUGGUAGAGAUACCAGGCCCAGCAGUGAGAAACUUUCGCAAUCUGUAAUAGAUGGCGUGACUGUUUUAGGAGGUCAAUUCCAUGAUUAUGGCUUGUUAACAACACCCCAGCUGCACUACAUGGUGUAUUGUCGAAACACCAGUGGCCGAUAUGGAAAGGCAACCACAGAAGGUUACUACCAGAAACUCUCUAAGGCUUUUUUGGAACUUACCAAACAGGCUUCCUGCAGUGGAGAUGAAUAUAGAUCACUUAAGGUCGACUGUGCAAAUGGCAUAGGGGCCCUGAAGCUAAGAGAAAUGGAACACUACUUCUCACAGGGGCUGUCAGUUCAGCUGUUUAAUGAUGGGACCAAAGGCAAACUCAAUCAUUUAUGUGGGGCUGACUUUGUGAAGAGUCAUCAGAAACCUCCGCAGGGAAUGGAAAUGAAGUCCAAUGAAAGAUGCUGUUCCUUUGAUGGAGAUGCAGACAGAAUUGUUUAUUACUAUCAUGAUGCAGAUGGGCACUUUCAUCUCGUAGAUGGAGACAAGAUAGCAACGUUAAUUAGCAGUUUCCUUAAAGAGCUCCUGUUGGAGAUUGGAGAAAGUUUGAAUAUUGGUGUUGUGCAAACUGCAUAUGCAAAUGGAAGUUCAACACGUUACCUUGAAGAAGUUAUGAAGGUACCUGUGUAUUGCACUAAAACUGGUGUAAAACAUUUACACCACAAGGCUCAAGAGUUUGACAUUGGAGUUUAUUUUGAAGCAAAUGGGCAUGGCACCGCACUGUUUAGUACAACGGUUGAAAUGAAGAUAAAACAACUAGCAGAAGAAUUAGAAGAUAAGAAAAGAAAAGCUGCUAAGAUGCUUGAAAACGUUAUUGACUUGUUUAACCAGGCAGCUGGUGAUGCUAUUUCUGACAUGCUGGUGAUCGAGGCAAUCUUGGCUCUGAAGGGCUUGACUGUGCAGCAGUGGGAUGCUCUCUACGCAGAUCUUCCAAACAGACAACUCAAAGUUAAGGUUGCAGACAGGAGAGUUAUUAGCACCACUGAUGCGGAAAGACAGGCAGUUACACCCCCAGGACUACAGGAAGCUAUCAAUGACCUGGUGAAGAAGUACAAGCUUUCCCGAGCUUUUGUCCGGCCCUCUGGUACAGAAGAUGUUGUCCGAGUAUAUGCAGAAGCCGACUCGCAAGAAAAUGCAGAUAGCCUAGCACAUGAAGUAAGCUUGGCAGUAUUUCAGCUGGCUGGAGGAAUUGGAGAAAGACCCCAACCAUGUUUCUGAAGAUAAUUUUUAUAUUCCUGAGAAACUGGAUUGUUAAAAUUUUUUUUUAUAAAACUGUCAAUAAUUAUAGCAAUACUACGUUUAUAAUCAUGUUUAUAAUGCAUCUUACUGGAUUGUUUCUAGAUCUGAUUGCUUUUCUUAAACACUACCAGAAUAAUUCUUUAGAAAGGCUUAUUUGUUAAAGAAACUUACCUCUAAUUUCAGUCUCACUAAUGUAAAAUAUUGGGCUUAAGUAUAUGAUUCAAUCAUUAACUUUUAUGGCUGUGUGCAGGGAACAAGUCAUGCAGGCUGCUGGAAAAUUAAAUCCUGUUA